AUGUGGACGAGUUUGCUUUGGCGUACUGGAGCCACCGUGACGCGCAGUCCACCCCUUCACACCCGAACUGCUCCGACACGUCUGGGACGUGCUUUCGAGGACAAAGAUGAUCAAAGGCAAGUAAUGGCUCGCCGUCACUGUUUCAGGAUUGGUCUUAACGAAAUCACAUUCUCAAGGUCUGAUUUCUCUCUAGCUGUCUACACAUUUCCACAGAUAUUCAGCUUCGAUAGAAGAACCUGGGACAAAGGGUACGAUAAGGGCGACUGCAAGGUGCUCCAGUUUUACAAUUCGGUGCUGGUUUUUGUAAAAUACGAUGUUUUGGAUGAUACUAGCCCGAAGUUCGUCGGUACUUAUUCCGUGACACGAGACAGGCUGUACUAUUUUGGCUACAAGGGCGGAAGGGUGAUGGUCACGAACUUCAGGCAGCGAAUUGCAGCCGGGAUCAUGUCACCCACAAAGUACGAAGUAGUUUGUGCACGAGAAAGAACGUGGUAA